AUGCGCUGGGCUAUCAUCGAGCUCUCAAACUACCCACUGCAACUCACUCGCCGAGACGUGCUUGAGCUCUUCCAGGACUUCACCAUCUCGCCUGACUUUGCACUGCCAAACGUCAAGAACCUCGCCUAUCCUCUACGUACGUUUAUCAAGAUCGCCGGCGAGCAAGACGCAGAACGCGCGGUACAAGAGCUGUGCUGGAGCAAAGUCAGCGGACGCCAGAUCAACGUGAGGAUAGUUGAGAAGACAGGUCACGAGGAGAAGGAAGUAGCCGUCGCGGACGUGGCUGAUGAGAUGAAAAUUGGUAUCCUCAACACUGCGCGUGUGUACAACCCGCACCUCGCCCCGAAGAUCCUUGAGGUCCGCGAAUGUAUGCAGGGUACAUCCAACUUCGCCUUCUUACAAGCUCGCGAUCUGGUAAGUAUACACAGCGAGCCUGAGAUGCACAUGCAGCCAAACAAUAACAAGGCGAAGUGGAAGCUCGUCAUGGCUGGUCGUUCGGAGGGCUGGAACUGGAAGAUGAAAGACGGCAGUGGCAGGCUUGCUGCGCUGAAGAAUCUACAGGAUACGGUAGAGAGACAGGGUGUUAUGCGGAAGCUAUGGGGUCAGUGGGAGGGGAGCAGUGUGCUUGACAUGACUUCUUAA